CUCCAUGUGGAAGCUCACCCCGCUCACUUCCCGCGCCAUGCCCAAGCUCCCGCUCGCCGCCGCCGCGACCACCACGCGCUCGUUCCAGUCCAAGACGUUCCAAGACCAUGUGCAGACGGCGACCAUGUCAGACCGCACCGAACAAAUCCUCGCCGGCGGCCGACAUCUCUUUCCCCUCCUUCCCAAGGCAUUUGCCGGUGUCAAGCAGAUCGGCGUUGUGGGUUGGGGUUCUCAAGCUCCCGCACAGGCCCAAAACUUGCGCGAUUCCUUGAAAGGAACGGACAUUCGCGUGAAGGUCGGUCUUCGCUCGAACUCAUCCUCGCUGCCCAAGGCUCGGGCCGCGGGCUUCACGGAAGAAAGCAACACGUUGGGCGAUCAGAACGACGUCCUGGCCGAAUCCGACUUGGUGCUCCUCCUUAUCAGCGACGCCGCCAGUGUGUCGUCGUACAAGGACAUUUUCGCGCGCUUGAAGCCGGGGGCUACUCUCGGUUUGUCGCACGGGUACCUCCUCGGCCACUUGGAUUCCGUGGGCGAAGCGUUCCCUCCGUCCAUCAACGUUGUCAUGGUAGCGCCCAAGGGCAUGGGUCCGUCUGUGCGUCGACUGUACGUCCAAGCGGCGCAGAACAACGGUGGCACCGCCGGCAUCAACGCCAGUGUCGCCGUCCACCAAGACGUGAACGGCCGCGCGACCGACCACGCGCUGGGGUGGAGUGUCGCGUUGGGAUCCCCAUAUUCGUUCCCCACGACCCUGGGCGAAGAGUACAAGUCGGACAUUUACGGCGAGCGCGGCGUGCUCCUCGGCGGCGUGUACGGCCUCAUCGAAGCGCUGUUCCGCCAUUAUGUCCACCAAGGCAAGUCGCCGGCGGAAGCGUUCCACGACGCCGCCGACAGCUUGACCGGGCCGCUGAACACGCUCAUUUCCCACCACGGACUGCUCGCCGUCUACGAUGCAUUUGAAGGCGCCGACAAGGAAGCGUUCGAGACGGCGUACACGUCGGCGUACCAUCCGUCGCGCGAAGUGCUCGAGGAAAUCUACGACGAAGUGGCCAGCGGCAACGAGAUCCGGUCCGUCAACAUGGCCGUGGACCGCCAAGCGCGCGGGUUCCCCAUGCUCGCGACGCUCGAACACCGCUGGAUGUGGAAGCUCGGCGACGAACUGCGCCGCUCCCGCGACGCAUCCAAGCUCAAGCUGCACCCGACCACCGCCGGCAUGUACGUGGCCAUGAUGAUGGCGCAGAUCGAUGUACUGCUGUCGCAUAACCACGGGUACUCUGAGAUUGCGAACGAGAGUGUGAUCGAAGCCACCGACUCGUUGAACCCGUUCAUGCAUGCCCGAGGAGUGGCAUACAUGGUGGACAACUGCUCCAUGACGGCGCGCCUCGGUACGCGCAAGUGGGCUCCGCGCUUUGACUACACGCUGACGGAGCAGGCGCUGAGCGUCGGCGGCGACAGCAAGACCCCCCUCGAAAAGAAGGAAUUGCUCGCCAAGUUUACCAGCCAUCGCAUCCACGAUGUCCUCAACACGUGCUUGAAGCUGCGCCCAGACGUGGACAUCUCGGUCGUGUAACUCGCGCCACACUGUCGAUUUUUACAUACAUUCAAUAUACAUACACUCUCGUCGUCGCACUACACAGUACAGUGCUGUACCCAAGAAGCGAC